UAACUGUCGCUUCCUCUUGUCAACGCCUGAUGUAAAGUAUCUUGAGCCGCUGAUGGUCGUCGCAAUGGCUUCCAAUCGCUGUUUUCAGCGGUCAUUGAUGGCCAUGGUCGGUCGGUGUUAGUGGUUGGCUCGCCGAUUAGAUAAGGCGCGCUCCUGUCUUACAGCCAACGAAUGUCACAAGCACGACGCAACUCUCCGACUUUCGCAACACCCCGCCAUCACCUGCACUUAUCACAGUUCUUCCUCUUCCCUUGAACCGAGAUCAUCCAAAUCAUUCCGCCUGUGCUGUCAUCGCGUGCAAGAUCAGUGAGGAAUUCGUGGUGAUGCAUCUCAAGCGUACACAAGCAUGGAUUUGUCUCCCUUAGUAAAGGCCCACGACCAUGCGAGAGCCGCGUCAGUUGCGACCCAGACCGCCGACACCACGGUCGCCAUUAACCACCAUGCCCAGGCCGCUGGCGAGUUCGCAAACGCUGCAAAGAGCACUACUAGCACCGAGGCCCUACGGACGCUGGCCCUCCUAGAGCAGCAUCACAAGCGCUUGGCCGAACUGCUAAAGGUGCCCAUCGAGCCAACAAGUCAGCCAUCGAGUGUUGAUAGUGACAUUCCUGAGGAGGAUGAGGAAAAGGCAUCAACCAGUCAGGAUGACGGGAUCAAGUCAGCCAAAUCGGACAGGGCUGGACCGCCUUCGCUCGCCACACCACCCAGCGCAGCUAAACCACUACCCACUCUUUCACAACAUCCCAGAUACCGUCAGCGCGACCUUUCCUCGUCCAUCGCCAGCAAGCUUGCGUCAGCAAGAGGGAUAAGAUCGAAAUACCAAGGGCAGAGCCAACCGUUGAACCCCAGCGUGUCCAAUGAUCAGGCACCCGGCAACUUGGAAGUCCAUCCUUGGAACAGAGAGGGCUCGCUGAGGGGUGGAAACAAGGGACACGAAGCGUCUGAUAGAGCACAAAAGCAACAGCCGAGCUGGGUGCCUCCAGGGAAAACGUCACCCACCAAGGAAGAUGCGGCUGGUUCCUCUUCGAAACCUCAAACAUCUGGUCCUGACUCACCUACAGCUAGCGACGACGGUUUCACAAGGUUCUACAGCACAUUUGGCAGUCUGAUCAACCGACUUUCCGCGCCUCUAGCCUUCGCCGGCCUCCCUCUGACUGCUGAGGACUCCUCGGACACUGCCAGCCCCGUGCUCUCCCCGGAGAUCGCGCCGCGCUCAGGGUCAAAGCCGCCUCGUCAGCCCAAGGGAACAACCGUCUCCGUCUCGACCGACCCGGAUCUCACCAAGAUAUACUCUCGCGCCACUCUACGCACCCUUGCUCGCGAUGGCCACGCACCCGCCGACUCGUUCUACGUGGUCCCAACCAGCGGCCACACCGCCUCCUACGCCAGCAUCCUCAACCACGAACAGAAGGAGAAGCGGCGCUUAGCCGCCUCGAUCCACGGCCACCGGGACCAUGGUAGUGGUAACCCCAUGGAAGACCAGGAAGACGACGAGGACGAUUUUGUCGAUGCCAGGGAGUCGCAAAUCCAGUCCCCGCCCGUGGCCCCAUCAUCGUCCUCAGCUGCUACGAACCCCUCGGCCUUCCGCAAGAGGCUAGGAAGAUCAAAGACGGAAAAGGAUUUGACCAACGUGAUCGAGGAGCUGCACAUGGAGAACCAAACCCUCAAGGACGCGCUCGACAAGGUGAGCAGGAGGCUGCACACGUUUGAGGUGCACUCGCAGACUUCGACGCUGGCGUUGGCGCAGAGUAUUCGGUUGCAGCAUCCUGGCACAGGCACUGGCGGUACCGGUCACGGAUCGCCUAUCAAUGCUAGUGGCGUGAUGGGUGCACCCGCUCAGGGUGCUCAGGGUGGUGCUCGGCCCGAGGAAGUGGCGGCGCUCAAGAGAAAGAAUAGGGAGUUGGAGGAGCAGAUGAUGAAUAUGACGAGGCAGAUGGCGGCGAUGGAAAAGGAUUAUGAUAAGCUGCAGAAGACGGUGGAGAAGUAUAGAGAACGGUGGGAGCAGUUGAAGGCGGGAGCCAAGGCGAGGAGGGAGGCUCAGCAGAGCUUGACGCAGUUGAGCGGCGGGCAGGGAAGUGGUGGGAAUCAGGGAGAGGGCGGUGGUGAAGCUGCCUGAGCAAGAUAUAAAGGAAGCAAGAUGAGCGUAGAGUAUAUACGGAGUGGUCCUCUAGAGGAAAAGCACAAUAGAAGUUGGAUAAAUGCUGUCUCUAAGCUUGGUUUCGCAAUAACAGGAGUGC